UUGAUCCUUGACCUAAAGCCCGGAGGAUGGAUAACGCCACAUACAGCUAUGUGAACGAUUGCACUCCACUCACAAACUGUAAGUCUGGCCGUAAGACUGGUGGCUCGACGGUGGUCAACAUGAGCCCUGCGGACAAGAAGCCACCAAAUGACUAUUUGAUCUGGUCCCUGUGCAACACUCUGUACGUCAACUUCUGCUGCCUGGGAUUCAUGGCCUUGAUCUACUCCAUCAAGGCUCGAGAUCAGAAGACCUUGGGUGAUAUGCGUGCCGCACAGGAAUGCUCGGACAAGGCGAAGUGGUACAAUAUUCUGGCAUCAGGCUGGAAUCUGUUGAUUCCUCUGCUCUUUCUGGGUUUGCUGGUUCUGCUCUUGGUUCAUCUGGGCAGCUCAGAGGGAACAUUUGAUUUCUUCGGUGAGGACGGAUUCCAGAGCCUCAUGAAGCUUUUCAGCAGGUAGAAAGAACGACUCAAGCAAACCAACCAUCGUUACUCCUGCAAACCAGCCGGACUGUUCACCCUCACUCCACUUCGUCAACGUAUUAUUUUCUUUGGCUAUGUGAUGAAUUUAUUAUUAUUUAGAAUGUUUGUUUUUUUUCAUAAUUAAUGUCAGUGUACUGUAUGUUAUCUCAUAAUAGAUCUGCCCUACAUUUCUAUUUUAUGAAGUAAAUUGGCUCAACAGUAUUUAAUAAAGUAUUUAAUGUUUAACAAUAUUUUUACAGGUGUCUCUUUGCCAAAAAAAUCAAUUAGAUACCACUUUAUUCCACUGUUAUAAACUUAUUACUGAUGUUCGAUUCCCGAACGAGUCAUUCUUUUGAACUGAUUCUUUCUUGAAAUAAAAUGCGACUCGACGACAAAGAUUUAAACAACUAUAUGAAUAUACCACUGUUAUAAAAAACACCGUGUGACGCUCGAUUCGCGAACGAGUCAUUAUUUUUCGGUUCUUUCCGAACCGAUUCUCAAAGCAUUUGUAAUCCGACUGUAAAAUCAGCUAAAGAACUUAAUUGUUGUACAUGCUUGUUUUGAUUAUUGGGAGGGGUUACCUCCCCCAUCCCCCCGGGAAUCUACACCCAUGUAACCAAUGUCACUCGGUCGAAAACAAAAGUAUAAACGACUAAAUAUUUAUUUCACUACAAAAAAAAAAGAGCGCUAAAAUUGAUGCAGGAGGGGUUCGAGCAAUACCACUGAGUGACGACACAAUGAAUGCUUUUUUAAACGGUUAAUUUAAACGAAAAUGAUUCGGCCUUCUCAAUGCUGGAAGGCAGCUGUCUUUAAAGAGAGUUUUUAUUUUGUGUUUGCAUGUACAGGGCUAUUUGGUUGAUUCUUAAAUCAACUUUACAUGGUUAUCAGUUAUGAAGAAGAGGUUAACAUGAGUUCUGUAAUUUGGUUUCUGCAUGGUUGUAUUUCUUAUGUUUUAAAGGCAAAAAUGUAGCUGUGGUUUAGUUCUCAUGUGUCUCUCUGUGUUCAUAUGUUUCUCUGUGCUCUGUAAUGUUCUGCUGUGCCGCCUGUGCUUACAGUGGUGGCCCCUCCCAGCUGUGCUGGUAUUUUUAUCAUUUAAAUGACAGAGCUGUUUGCCAACCUUAACUCCCCUUCUAUUUCAGUCAGUAUAAAGAGUGGACACAGAUGUACAGUGACUGGAUUAAAGAGCAGUUAAAAUACACACCCUCAUAUAGACCUGCUGCAUGUAAGAUGUGAUGCUAUUUCUCAUCUGUGUGGAUUCUUUGCUGCCUCUUCGUUAUGAAUAUCAAUUAAAUCCCUGAGGCCUUUGAUGCA